AUGGCGAGCGUACACACCUCUACCGACGCCCAAGCGGCAUCCGCACACAUCAACCCAGUCGAUCUUUACCGGCACUCGAUCUCAGAAUCCUUAGCGCCCAUCACUGGCAAACCCGCGAGUGAGAUAUUUGAGAGGCUGGCAUGGACUCAGACAUUCGAAAAGGGGGAUCUAGGGCUGCCAGUACCGGCACUACGAAUACAAAGCAAGAAGCCUGGAGAACUGGCCACAGAGUUCGCGGAGAAGUUCCCUGAGUCUGAUUUGGUUGGCAGGCCCGUGGUCAACGGCACAUUUCUUCAAUUCUACUUCAAACCAGAAUCACUGACGAAGCUCGUCAUUCCUUCAAUACUCAAGAAUAAGAGCAGAUUUGGAACGAAUGACAAGCUGGGAUUGAAGGACGGGUCAGACGCGUCGAGCAAGAAAACGAUCAUAGUCGAGUUCUCCUCUCCAAAUAUAGCAAAGCCAUUCCACGCUGGGCAUCUACGGAGUACCAUCAUCGGAGGUUUCCUGGCAAACCUCUACGAGGCGGCAGGAUGGAAAGUGCUUCGGAUAAAUUAUCUUGGCGACUGGGGACGGCAAUAUGGUCUACUUGCCAAUGCAUUCGAGAUGUACGGCAGCGAAGAGAAGCUGGAAAGGGACCCGAUUGGUCAUCUAUUCGACAUCUAUGUGGAGAUCAACAAGGUUUCGAAGCCAGAAGAGGAUGAGAUCAAGGAGUUGAAGGAGGAGCUGAAACAGGCUGAAGAACACAAAAAGGUCACCAAGGAUCUUGAAAAGCGGAUAGCAGAUCUGGAAGCCAAGAGUGUGAAUGAAAAGGCACGGCAAUACUUCAAGAAGUUGGAGAAUGGAGACAAAGACGCAUUGGCUACGUGGACCCGGUUCCGAGAUCUUAGUAUCGAGAGGUAUAACAGGACUUACGCCCGUCUGAAUAUUCACUUUGACAUCUAUUCUGGUGAGUCUCAAGUGGAAAAAUCAAGGAUGGAACGUGCCGUCGAACAGUUGGAGGCGAGUGGUCUGUCGGAAAACUCCAAGGGCGCUGUUAUCGUCGACCUGACCAAAUCGAAAGAUAAAAACACCAAGAAGCUCGGCAAAGCUUUAGUGAAAAAGACAGAUGGCUCUUCCCUCUACUUGACCCGCGACAUCGGUGAAGCGGUGAAGCGGUAUGAGCUGUAUCAUUUCGAUAAGAUGCUUUACGUUAUAUCAUCACAGCAAGAUAUGCACGUGGCACAGCUUUUCAAGAUUUUGGAACUGAUGGGCAACAACGAGGUUUCCGAGAAAUGUCAGCACGUCAAUUUCGGCAUGGUGCAAGGCAUGAGUACACGUAGGGGAACUGUGAAAUUCUUGGACGACAUUCUGCGUGACGUAGGCGAGAAGAUGCACGAGGUGAUGAAGAUGAAUGAGAAGAAGUACGAGCAAGUAUCAGACCCCGAGCAGACGGCAGAUACCCUUGGCAUUACUGCGGUCAUGGUGCAAGAUAUGAAGGGCAAACGUAUCAAUGACUAUGAAUUCUCCUUAGAGCGUAUGACGUCCUUCGAGGGAGAUACAGGUCCAUAUCUGCAAUACGCUCACGCUCGUCUCUGCUCUAUCACCCGAAAGGCCGGCUUGACGCCACAAGAUCUCAAUUCUGCGGAUCUUUCCCUCCUUACCGAAACUCAUGCCAUCAACCUUGUCCGUGCUUUGUCAUCAUGGCCAGAUGUCGUCCAGAAUACGCUGAAGACUCUAGAGCCCACCACUGUAUUGACGUAUCUCUUCAAGAUGACCCACAUGCUCAGCUCGAGUUAUGAUGUUCUGCAAGUCGUGGGUAGUGAGCCUGAAGUCAAGAAAGCGCGAAUGGCUUUAUACGAAGCUGCGAGGCAGGUGUUGAACAAUGGCAUGAAGCUGCUGGGAUUGAACCCUGUGGAGAGAAUGUGA